UCUCUCAACUCUCACCAACGAAAACGCAAGGAAUUGAAAAAGGAAUUAUUAUUAUUAUUUUUUCUCCUAAAAGAAGCAUCUUUCUCUGUUCCGCGCUAGGGUUUAUCCCGUUCAUCGGAAGCAAGAGAUCGAACUCGAACCCUAGAAACCUUAUUUGGAAUCGUGUGUUGGUUGCUCGUACGGGAAAUCGUCCAUAGAGGAAGCUUUGUGAGUAACUGGAAGAAGGAAUAAUUCGAGUGAGAUGUAUGGGCAGGGGAACUUCACGUUCCGCCCUGCGCCUCCUGCUCCUUUGCCUCCUUACCCGCAGGUUUCUCCUGUCCCAGGGGCCCCUUUCCAUCAAGCUCCUCCAGCCCCUGCCACAGCCCCACCCCCACCAUUGAUACACCAAAGCCUGCCAUGUCCACCACCUCCUCAAGCGCCAAUUGGUCCCCUUCCUGUGGCUUAUCAGCAUUCACUACUUGCUCCACAACCAACUCACCUUUCAACCUCUUUGCCGGUGAAUAUGAGUCAACAUCACAUGAACCCGCCUCAGAUUAUUCAUGGACAUACUCCGAUUGUUCCCCCUUUCCCCCAUGUAAGCUCUUCAUAUCCCCCAACAAUGCCAAACCAGAAUGUCCAUUAUGCAAUGCAGCCGAUGACUUCUUCUAGGGUGCCACCACCACCAUUGGCUUCCUCACAAGGACAAAUACUUUAUAGGCCUCCUCAACUGCCCUCUCCUGGAAUUCAGCAUUUGUCUACCCCGCCACCCCCACUACCUCCCAAUUUUGGCCCAGUUACGCAUUCCAACUUAACAUUUUUCUCUCAGAACCCUGUUGGGGAUGCCCAUGCGCCUUCAUCUUUGCUGCCACCACCUCCACCUCCUCCCUCUUCUCCGCCACCUCUACCUCCAUCACCACCACCGCCAUCAUCACCAAGAGCAAAUGUACUUCCCAUUGUUUCAGAGCCUCUGCCAAAGGCUUCUCCAGAGAAGCCAUUGCAAUGUGAUGUUGGUGAUGGUCUGCUUGAGUCUGCAUGUCUAACUGAUGAUAAAAGUAAAGUUGAAAAGAGAUUAUCUCUGGUGGGAGAAGAAGCAUCUGGAAGUUUUCCCUCAACUCCACCAAGGCCAGCUGACGCAGAAACUGUCAAGAUCAUUGAUGUUCUAUGCCAGUUUAUUGCAAAGGUUGGGCCUAGUUUUGAAAUCGAGGCUCGUGAGAAAGAGGCUAACAAUCCCCGGUUUUCCUUCUUGUUUGGAGGUGAACCUGGAAGUGCUGCAGCCAUUGGUCAUGAAUAUUUCCAGUGGAUGAAGAGGAAAUAUUGCACACGACCGUCGAAUGAGCAAGUUUCUGCUUCAUUUAGUGAUAAUUCAUUUAACAAGGGAGCUAUUUUACCUGCUGACUCAGAUAUGGAUAUGGAAGAUGAUGUAAGCCAGCCUGAGGUGGACCAGAAACUUGGCCGAUUAAAUAAAGCAUCAGCUCGAGAGUCUGUUGCUGCUGGCAGUGUUGUCCCUAUUGGAGAUGAAUCUAACAGUGCACCCAAAUGUGCAAGAGAGGGCCUGAAACAGGAGAUUGCUAUUCCUAACAAUCCAUCAUGUUCGGGAACAUCACUGGUGCUUCAGCGUGACCAAGAUGAAGACAAUUCUCCAUUCAUUGAAGAUCUUAGCCCAGUCAGGAUGGCACCUUACACUGCUGAAUGUGGUAGACUAGUGACUGGAGAAUCAAAUCAAGUGCUCGAUGUUUCACCUGCUGAAGCAGCUGGCAAAAUGGGGGAAGUUCAAAGGUUUCAUAUUGAAGAUGGAAGCUCAUUCAAGCUUAUACAAGGUUAUGCUUCUGAGGAAAGCAGUGAAGAAGAUGAGAGAAAGCAUCCUGCAGAUGUUACCCUUGCUAGGGUUAGCUCAACAAAUGAAGUGGGUAUUUCAGGUUCCCAUCAAGUGUUGGCAAAAGAAAGUGUAUAUUGUAAAAAUUCAUUCCAGCAGUCCUCUUCAAGCGGCAGUAUGCAUAACAGUUCACCUGAUCCGAGAAGUGCUAUUAUUCAAGGUUUUUCUGGUCAAGAUGAAAAAUAUGCACCUGAAAGGACCGGAAUUGUUAAUCCUCCUCAGAAGAAUGAUAACAAUGCUGGUGACAGUCUUGGUCAGAAGCCCGAAUCUGCAAAGGUUGUAAAGAAGGAUGAUUUCCCAUUGGAAGUUGAUGAAUUUGGACGAUUGGUGAGGAAGGCUGAGAGUGACACUGAUUCUGAUGGGAAGCAGUAUGGUAAGGUUCGUGGUAAAAGGAGAAGGCAAAAGCGUAGUCGGUCACCUCAAGAAAAUAGAUGGAGACAGAGGAGUUGCAGUCCAAGGAGGGGGAACAAACGAAGGCGAUCUCGCAGGAGCAGGAGCAGGAGCAAAUCUCCUUCCACCCGACAAGAGAAGGCUCAACCUCGAGAGUGUUUUAACUAUAUCAGGGGUAGAUGUUUUCGUGGAGGAUCCUGUCGGUUUUCCCAUUCUGGUUCUGUUCGGGAUAGGAGCAGGCAACAGGAAUUUGGAGAUCGCCCUCAGGAAACUGCAGACCAUAAUGCCUCAAAUGAUGGUUCGUAUUCUGAAAGUAGCAACCAGAUCAAGCUUCCUGUAAGAAAAUUGGAUGCUGAUAAGUGGAUCAGUGCCCCUGGGGAGGAGGCAAAGGAUGCAGAAAGCUGUCAGGAGCGUUCUUUGGCCGGAAUCAAGUCUGUUAGGGAUGAAGCAAUGGGUGAUGGGCUUCGCCAGACCCUUGUGACUGUUGACGAACCUCGGAGUGCAUGCGUCCCUGAACAAAGGUCUCAUGAACCAUGUGUCCUUCAAGAACUCCAGGAACGUAAUGCGUAUAGUAUUGAGGAGGCAAAGAAAAUUCAGCCAGCAGUUCAGUCUAGUCAGCCUCAACAAUAUGAUUGCUUGCCAAUUCAGUCGUCACCUGCUGGCAACAAUCGAUCUUUGCAUGAUGAGACUCCAGAACCUGAUUCCAGUGAUGUUAGGGCUUCUCAUCAUUCUCAAGCUGGCUCUGCUUGUGGCAAAACUAUUGAAUCACAGACAGCUCAGUCAUGCCCAAAUCAAAGUUCUAUGGACCAGCUGCAUCCUAUUCAACCUCAGCCUCCACAAGACUUAACACCUUCAAGAUUUUUGGCAUCAAGUGUUCCCUUGCCGUCUCAGCAAUCGCUGUCUGCACAUGCGGAACUCCCUAAGCUCCAUCACCUUAAUGAUCCAAGUGCACCAUUUUCGACGCAUCAUUCAGAAAACCUUAUGCCACCAGCCACAAGUUCUGAUUCUCAUUACGUCUCUAAUGAUAAGUUUACUUCCUUGAGGCCUCCUAUGCCAAGUGACUACCAUUCACAUAGAGGGCCUGUGAAUUCUGCUUGGUCUAAUGUUACUCCACUUCCACCACCACCUCCUCCACCUUCACAUGUGCAUGGGCUACCCCCCAGACCUAGUUUGCCUGCUGGAGGUUACUCCUCACAGAUGCAGCCCCAUAUCUUUCCCCCGGCAAAUGAAUUUAGUACGACAUCUACAGUCAAAUCUAAUUCGCCUGGAGAGGUAAUUCAUCCUCAAGGAACUGAUCACCAUCAAUCUUUCCAUUCAGCGGGGUCAUCUCAUUAUCUGCCUCCUGUGGAUGAUGCCUGGGGAAGACCUUCAACUGUUGGACUUCAGCAGAAUCAGCCACCUAAUAGAGAAGAGCAGUUUUCACACCAUGGAGCUCCUGAAGUCAGUUUAGAUGCUCAGGGGGACCCUCGUAUUGGUCUUCAAUCCUUCCCUCCUGAAGAUCGCGGUACAUUUUCUGGCCUGGGUUUGACUUCCUCCACAUCAUUUCCUCCUGUCAAUAUUAUACAGCCACAGCCCCGAAUUUUCUUUGGAGAUCAUGGGCCUCCAGUUUUCUCAAGGGAAGAAUUUCUCAAUCCUGUGAGAAGCUCAUUGUAUUCUCAUUAUCCAGCAGAACAUAAUGAGAAUCACCCUUCCAAUGCAGAUUUUCAUCCAAAGCUUGAUCCUUCUUUUCAAAGAUUCCCAUCAGUUUUCCAUGAGAAAAUUUUGCCGCCCCACCUGCAUGAUCCUUUAAUGCCUAAAAUCUCUCGAUCAACCCAUUACAACCCUUUUGCAUCUACUUUUGACCAGCCGCAUACAAGUUUAAAGAUUGGUUCCAGUGUUUCCAUGCAAGAAAGGGAUGCUGCCUACAAAACUAGAUAUGAUCUAUCCUUCAGUUCAGGUCAUUUUCUAGCUGGUGAGCUUGGAUCAAGAAUGACUGCUACAUUGGGAGACUCAUCUAUUCAUACUUACAAGCAAGAAACUUCUGUGGAAUUGCUAUCUAGUGUUCAGAAGCAAUCUGUUAAGGAUCCAGCAGCUGGUGACCCGUAUGAUCCCCUAUCUGACAGUAUUGAGCCAUCUUCUACCAUGUUCAGGGUUUCCAAUCAUGCUCAUGAACAAAACUCAGUUAUCGAUAAUCUCAGUAGCUUGCCUAGGGUUGCCAACAUGGAAGAGGAUGGAAGGCAGAAUGCUGGACUGGCUCCCAUGCACAAGUUGGAUGUUGAUGAACUUGGUGAAGUAGCAACAGAAGCAGAAGGUGGUGCUGUGGAGAAUGGUAGCCCUCAACCAGGAUAUGACAGAGACUGGAGCUCAGGCUUUCCUACUGGUGCGCAGAAUGCAGCUGCAGGUGAGAUUGAAAUUGAUCAGAUCCAAUCACCUGGAACAAGCAAAAAGAGCAAGGACUCAAGGUCAAUGAAGCUCUUCAAGGUUACACUUGCGGAUUUUGUGAAGGAAGUUCUUAAACCAUCUUGGCGGCAGGGUAACAUGAGCAAAGAGGCUUUUAAAACCAUUGUGAAAAAAACAGUGGAUAAGGUUUCUGGAGCAAUGGCAGGCCAUCAGAUACCCAAAUCACAAGCAAAGAUCAAUCAUUAUAUUGAGUCAUCUCGAAAAAAAUUGACUAAACUGGUCAUGGGUUAUGUUGAAAAAUAUGUCAAGGCAUAGAUGAUCAGGUGAUGAUUCUAAGGAGACUUCAAUUUUCUCCGUUUGUUCUGCACAGUGGGUUUUUCCUUAAUUGGAAGACUGGAAGAGCAUUCAGCAAGAGAACUUGUUCUGCUUGAUGUUGCACACUUCAGGAAAGUGUCUUUACAUUAUCAGGGAACCGAAUUAAGAUCAAGUACCGGCCAAGUUCUUAUGCCGAAAAUCAAUUCGUAAUAUUAGGACGACGGAUAGUACGCGACAAAAUGAAGAAAAGUCGAAACAAAGAAAGGUGAGAAUGGAAACAAGCUCUUCCCCCACAAGUUGGUGCAAACAAUGUUAUCUUCUUUUAUAGGUCCUCAGUUUGUCCAUCAUCUUUGAUGCACUGGAUACUUGAUGCUACUUUUAUUGUAACUAAAAACUUUCUUGUAUAAUCUCUUAUUUGAACUAUAUCAGUAACUAAUUCUGUGUAAAUGGUUUUAAUUUUAUGUUAUAUUAUUUCUUUUGCUGACUCAA